AUUUCGUGCCAGACUGUGUCAUCACAGUUGCACUGCUCUGUAUUUAGUAAAUGAACAGGACAUGCAAAUUUUUGUUGUGUUAUGUUUUGGUUUGUAAAUGUGUUAGGAAUUAUUAAAACUUCAACAUAAUGAAGCUACCCGUUAUGUGUCGCACAUGCGAUGCAAGAGACACGGAUAAAUUAUACAAGCUGGCUACAUCCACUAAACGAUUUCCGGAUAAACAGCUCUCCGAUAUUUUAGCUGAACUAACACACAUUGAAUUGGAUGAAACUUUGGCGCAACAGCUGCCACAAUGUCUGUGUGGUAAUUGUGCGAGAAAGCUAAUAGGCGCCUAUUAUUAUGUGAAGCAGGCGCUGGCAGCAAAUGAGCUCCUGAUGAAUCAUGUGGACCGCCUGGAGAGCAAUAAAACUACAGUCAACGACUGCUUGCAAGAGGCGCCCAUGGAGUUGUGUGCCGAGCAACAUGUGGAGAUCAAAAUGGAAACAGAGGAGGAGGAGGCUGACAACGAUAUCACCUGCACGGAACUGCCGGAGUUCACAACAGUACAAAAUGCCAACGAUGUGGACUUAGAGUUGGAUAACAAAAAGUCCAAUGACCCUCUCAACAUGCUUGAGCCAGUGAAACAGGAGAUGGAGCCAACCGCCGGCCGCACACCAAAUUUACAAGAGCCACAAGAAUAUAAGGCUGAUAUUGACGACGAAGAAUCCCUUGAUGAUUUGCCCUUGCAACAGCGCGCACGCAAGUGGAAACAGACCGGAACGAUUCGCGCUGUAAAGCGUUCCAAUUUCAAAUGUACUGAAUGCCCAAAGAUUUUCAAACGACCGGAAUAUCUGAAGCAGCAUGCAACACGGGCGCAUAAGUCAAAGAACGAUUGGUUUUCCUGUUCUUAUUGCAUACGCAAGUUCAGUCAUCGAGAGGCUCUGCAGUCGCACCUGAAGGUGCAUCGGGAUUCAAAGCGGUCGGCGAAUCUGGGCGAAAGCAAAAAGGCCAAGGAUAUAGAUUUAAACAUGUGCAAGCCACAUGGCUAUAAGCUAAUCGAGUGUAUGAUUUGCCAGAGUCAAUACGAUAAGAUAGCGGAUCUGCGACGUCAUCUCGAACAGCAUCCGGAUAUCGUUGGAUUCGGUGCACGUUCCAAUAUGCAGCCGCAUGAGCUGGCCGAGCUCUUCUAUCCGGAUGCCAAGCAUAUCAGCGUGGAGCAGCUAAAAGCGCUCAUACGCAAAGAUCUGGAUGCCGGCAUUUACCAACGUUUCUAUUCCAUUACCAAUCAGUCGGGCUAUGAAAUGGACCUGGACAGCUCCGAGACAGAAAGCGAUGCAGAACGGGAUGCCGAUGAGCAGCAGCUAAAGCGCAACAUACCCAAGGCCAAGUACACCUGUGAACUGUGCAACGAACGCUACCAGCGCAAAUACCAGCUCUUUGAUCAUCAACGUCUGGCGCACGCCUGGCUGGAUGCGCCGCAUGUCUGCGGACGCUGUGAUGCGCGCUUUGUUAGUCUGCAGCUGCUGCGACAACACAACGAGCUGCAGUGCAAAAAUGCUCAGAAACGUUUCCUCUGCCACAGAUGUCCGCUGCGCUUCCGCUGGCGCCACAACCUAAAGGCGCAUAUACGGGAACACCGCAUUAUUAAUCAAACCUAUGAGUGCAACGAUUGCAAGCGUGUGUUCGACAAGAAGAAAUCCCUCACCGUUCACAUGCUCAGCGUGCAUGCGGAGGAAUCGAAACUCAUACCGUGCCAAUGGUGUACACGCAAGUUCUAUCGACGUGACUAUUUGGUGAAGCAUCUGAAGCGUCAUGGUAUACGGGAGCAGGAUAUACCGCUAGCCGAGACGCUAAUUGCAGCCACCGCGAAACCAAACGGUGUUAAGCGCAUCACCUGCAAGAUUUGUAACCUUCACUUCGAACGCAUCUGUGACCUGCGAGCGCAUAUCCAGCUGGAGCUUAAGCUGGCCUUGUCGCUGCACCAGAACUACGACUCGUUGCAAAACUACUCGAUUACAAACGAAUCCGGGUACGAAAUGCAACUGGGCGAUUCUGAAACGGAGGAUGAGCUGCAAAUGCAGCAGGCGAGGGGCUCGCCCAGCACGCGACCCGUCUACGUCUGCGAGCUGUGCAAAGUGCAGUGCAGGCGCAAAUACGAGAUGAUCCAGCAUCAGCGAGCGAUGCAUCGGUUCGACAAAAUGCCGCACGAAUGCGAGUUCUGCAUAUUCAAGUGUGUAUGCAAGAGCAUCAUGGAUCAGCACAAGCGAUCGCAGUGUCAAAGCGCCGAGAAGAAGCUGGCGUGCAGUAAAUGCAGCUACAAAUUCAUGUGGCCCGAGAAUCUGCAGCAGCACAUGGUGCUGCAGCAUGGCAGCAUUGAUCCACAGUCGACUCCUACGGCCGCCAUCAGCGAUGCAGCCAGCGCAGAUCAGCUGUCAGCUGUGGCGGCUAAUUCCGCUAUUGCGGCCGAAGAUGUGCAGCUGCUGCAGUGUCCGCACUGCGAUCGCACGUACCAGAUGAAGGCGCGCCUCAACAAUCACAUUCGCGAUGUGCACAUCAAUGGAGAUCGGAAGCGUAAGGAGGCCAUCAAGAAGUUCCUCUGCUCGCUCUGCGGUCGGGAAACCCAGUCAGCGGCAACACUGGUCACCCACAUGCGUCGGCAUACGGGCGAAAAGCCGUUCAAAUGUGAUCUAUGCGAAAUGGCCUUCCCGCGGCACUCGGAGAUGAUGUCUCAUCGGCGAAUGCACACGGGCGAGAAGCCCUUCCAUUGCACGGUCUGUGGCAAGGAUUUCGCCCGGUCUGACAAGCUGAAGCGACACAUGCUGACGCACAGCGGUUUGAAGCCACACAAGUGCACCUACUGCGACAAGAGCUAUCGCCAGGCGAAAGAUCUGAAACUCCAUCUGCAGCAGCACACGGGGGAGUGCCCCUUCAUAUGUGGCACCUGUGGCGAGCGUUUCAUACAGGGAACCGCCUUGGAGAAGCAUCGCAUGAUGCGACGUCACUUUGACGAGGUGGAGGAGCGCCCCAACGCCAACAACAGCCACACAGCAACCGCUUAGUUUGCUUACAAGAAUUUGCUUUAAAUAUAUA